ACCCGUAGACGGAGCAGAGAGGACCUUGGACGUGUAGAGAGAAGAGAGAUCUGACGGCGUUAAAUGCCGGCCGUCCACCCGCUUCUCAUUCGCAAACCGCUUCCAGAUCGUGUCUUGAGUUCUAGCGUUAAGACGUGAAGUCUGAAGCUUGAAGCUUGAACUUGAACAGCAGAGAAGUGCUUAAGUACACCAUCGAGAAUAUCUCAUCGUACAGAUGUACACAGCAAAUAUACCAGGCAUGGCUCCCCGUACUCACAUUUCGAUACGCAAGAUCCCCAAAGAUGUGAUCCAGUACGAAAACAUGCACGUCUACAUGUCGAUCAAGACAGCCACGACAUUUGAUCAUAGACAGCAGCCGAACUUUGGAGAGUACAUGAUAGAGUGCUCCAAGUAUUUGACCGAGAGCAAAUCCGAAGAUAUUUUGGCUCCAGCUCGCGAGGGAGACACCGCGCUUCGACUUGAGCUUGCCAUUAGGUACCUGAGCGCAUGUGGAACAAGACGCAAGAGUGCCGACGGCGCUCUAUUCUUUCUGGAUAUGAUUACAGAUCCCAAAAACUUGGAGUACCUAGCUGGUGUAAGCAGGGAUAUCAUGGCCAAGGCUCUAUCAUGCACAGCGUUCGCAUACUAUGACAAGUACCUAUUUCUUCCCGAAGCUGCCGAAACCAUCGAAGCGGAUGAAGUCCAGUUCAACCGACCAAAGGCACCAGGAGACCCUAUCCUUGGCAAUCUUUACCUAGCCGCACGAUACGCUGAUGCUAGUGCACGCCGUGGAUUCGUUUCCCCUGCUGUACUCGACAUUGGCUUCCUCGUCCAGGGACUCAGUGAUCAAGUCAGGAUAAACCUCACUCAAGCACCUCGCUUCCGUGUAUUUCAGAAUCUCUGGCGUGUUUGCAAUGACAGGCAAGCUGAAAUCCUUGAAGAAGAACGCCAGAGGCGACGCAAAGCCGCGAAGGCCCCGAACGCAUAUAUCUGUGCGGCUGAAGGAUGUGGGAUUACCGGCGAGAAGAAAGCGGUCUUGAGGGCUUGCGCGGGCAAAUGUCCUCCUGAUUUGAAACCACAUUACUGUAGUAAAGCUUGCCAAACGAAGGAUUGGCCACGUCAUAAACCAAUAUGCAAGCCCGGAGCCAAACCCUCCAAGUCUACUGCCUUAGUCCUUUCCGAUAUGAACAAACUCAGGCUCGACGAGCCAGGUGCUCUUCUCACUUUGGAAGACGAAGAUCUGGAUCCCAGAGAAGGUCCCGGAUGCAGCAUCGACAUCCCCGCUCCCAAUCUACCCGGCGGGAAAAUGCACAUAAUCUCGCAGAACUUGAGCCCGGAGUUUUUGAAGCAGUUCAGGAACGCGACUCAUGAUAUCGUUUCCACCCGUGCCGCUGAUGGAAGUGGAAGCCGGUGAGAAGAGUUCGACUCCUUGGUAGCCAGUGCCUUGGUACGAUGGUGUAAUAACACCGUCGUUACGUCGACCUUCUGGCAAGGCCGUUGUCUAGGAACCUUGGCUAUUAUAUUAUUUGUCCCGCCUCGAUUUUCAUACCUGCUUCAUUGAUAAUUUCCCUUUGUCGUGUGUAUACCAAUAUGUACGCCUAAUUCAUCCAAGAGUUUGAAGCAAGCGAUAAUGAUUACAACAAUAUACAU